AUCAGCAGGUAACAGCCUCCACCCUGCAGCGGCAUCAGGAAGCUCAGCAGAGUUUGAGCAGCAGCAGAGACAAACAGUCGACCCUCCGCUCACCUGAACAGUGUAACCAUGAGGUGGCGCUCUCUUCCCCUCCUCCUCCUCCUCCUCGUCUCCUUCCUCCUCGUCUGCAGAGCUAAAAGAUCAGAGUUCAGGAUCUGUGCGUACACUCUGCAGAGAUUCAACUCGGAGAAGGCGUCUGACUCCAGACUGAUGCACACUCUGACGCGGAUUGUGUCUCGCUGUGACAUCACUCUCCUGCAGGAAGUGAUGGAUCCGGACGGUAAAGCCAUCAGAUCUCUGCUGGCGUCCCUCAACAGGUACAGUGAAAGGGAUAUUGACAGGUACGAGGACUACAACUACAAGGUGGUGUCCAGUAAGAGUCUGGGAACAUCUGCCAACAACAUGCAGCAGUACGUCUUCAUCUACAGGACAGACACGGUGAGCGUGCUCGGGGAGCAUCAGUACAAGAAGACACAAUCGUUCACCAGGGAGCCGUUCGCUGUUCACUUCCAGAGUCAGAGAACAGCGAUAAAGGAGUUUAUUCUGGUUCCUUUGCACUCGGAGCCCACACGGGCGGUGCAGGAGAUCGACCGACUCUACGACGUCUUUGUGGAGGUCAGCAAGAAGUGGAAGAACACGAAUGUGAUGUUCCUGGGAGGUUUCUACGCCAGCUGCGCCUACAUGAACCGACAAGACAGGAAAAAGAUCCGACUGCUCCAGACCAAGUUCUCCUGGCUGAUCGCAGACAGAGUGGACACGACCGUCACCGACAUGACCAGCUGUGCUUACGACAGGAUCGUGGUGCACGGUCAACCCUUCCUGAGGGGGGUCAAAGCGUACUCUGCGAAAGUGUUCAACUUUGGCAAAGACUUAAAAAUCCCCCGAACUAAGGUGGUGGAGAUAAGCGACCACUACCCUGUGGAGGUUAUACUGCAGAGCUCCGCCCUCCUCCUUCAGGCCACGCCCUUCCUGAGCCUCCUCUUCAUUUGCACAGUCGUCCAAUCCUUCCUAUCCGCUCUGUGAUCGUCUGGUCGGGUCUGCUCACCUGAACUCUGAUUAAUCUAUCGAUCAGGUUUCACUCAACACGAGUCGGAAAGUCACAUGACUAGUGAUUAAAAGUCCAAAUAACUUUGAAGUUUUUUUUAAAUGUCCUAUUUGAACUUGA